CCAUCUCAAAGUCUGCGUGAUUUUUCAGACUUAGAUUUUGAUUUAAAAUUUUUAUCUUUGUUGAAUCUUUUUAAAUAGCCCAGCAGAGUCUGGUGGUGCACGCCUAUAAUCCCAGCUACUCAGGAAGCUGAGGGAAGAGGAUCGCAAAUUCCAGGGUGUGGCCAAGAGAUAAGCAGUGGAAUCCGGGAGAAGCCUUCUUUAUCUAUGAAAACCUUUGGAGGGAAUGUGACCGACCACCUGAAGGAAAGGUUGUGCCAAGACCUGUCUGCUGACUCAUCAGUGAGUGGGAACAUCAUAAUGCACCUUGAAGUUGUUGUGUUAAGCCUCAUACUGCUUCUAACAGAUGCUGUGGUUUCCUAUACUCAAGUGAGUGGAGUGGUGGGUCAUCGGGUCAUUAUUCCCUGUAGCUACUCAGUCACCAGUGGAGUCACAUCCAUGUGCUGGGGCCGAGGGGCAUGUCCUACAUCUAAAUGCUCAAAUGAACUCAUCUGGACUGAUGGAUCUCAAGUCACCUUCCAGAAACACAGGCGUUAUAAGCUGGAGGGGAACCUUUUGCAAGGGAAUGUGUCUUUGACCAUAGAGAAUGCAGCUAAGACUGAUAGUGGCCUAUAUUGUUGUCGAAUUGAGCAUAGCGGGUGGUUUAAUGAUAUGAAACUCACCUUAUCCUUGGAGAUUAAACCAGCCAGAGACACAAGUGUUCCUAUGACACCUAAGGUCUAUACCUCUGCUUCUUCAACGCCAGCACACACACAGAACCACAAACCAGUAGCUACUUUACCUACUACAACUCAGGCUGCAGAGACCCAGACUAAGACCCUGCAGGAAACAAGGACAUCCUCUGCCAGCUUACCACUCUACUAUUGCCCAACAGAUGGGAACAGCACCAUGACACAGUCUUCAGAUGGCCUUUGGCAAAACAAUGAGACUCAGGUCUUCCCAGCACAAAGCCCAGGGAUGACCAAUGGCGGACUCUACGUCGGAAUCACAAUUUCCACCUUGGUGUUGCUUGCUGUUUCGAUUGUCAUAAUUAUUAAAAAGUAUUUCUUAUUCAGAAAGAAGAUGCAGCCACUAAGCAUGGCUUCAUUGACUGGUCCUCAAAUUGGAGUCCUGCAAAGUGAAGCAAAUGCACGAGCCCGAGCAGAAGACAACGUGUACAUCAUUGAGGAUAAUCUUUAUGUCAUGGAAUAAGACCCAGGGGCACACUUGGGGUUUUAAGUCCAUGUCUGCAGAAGGUAGUGACCGGAUAUCACCAUGUCUGCCUCCUUUUAAACUCCAGGAUCACUUUUCUCCAUCAUUUCUCCUGGCAUUCCAACAAGUCAGCCACAUCAGAUAGAGUGACUCUCUAGCUCAAAGCUCUGUACAAACUCAUUAACAGCAUUCUAAUUUUUAUACUAAAACUAGCUCAGUUUUUCCAGGCAUUGUAGAACAUUCUUUCACCCAUGAACAGUUUAGAAUUCUGUAUUUUCUUUAGAAACCCACCCCCCCCAAUCAUUCUUAUAUCCAUUAAAAAAUUGAUUAGUGAUACAGGAAGGGAAAUUUGUCCAAAACUGUCAGGAAAAAAAAAAAAAAGAGAGGAACAGUUUUUAAGAAUAAAAAAAAAAAAUCAACUGAAGACUUCCUUUGGAAGCCUUUCAUGAUUACCUCUUAUUGUUAUAUUGUAACUCCAAAUGUUACCUUUCUUAUGUUUCCUAAGUUCAAUUCAUAAGGGACUGCAGGUUUUUAUUUCCCCCAUGGGGACAUAGAAAUGGGUGUAAUUUCACUACCUUAGGAAUAUAUGUUUUCUCCUGGCUCUGGAAAUGUUAUGAAUGAAUGGACUGAUCUGUGGAUCAGGAUGGAUAUUUUAGCCACGAAGACCUGCAGUAGGAAGUGUGGACCAAGUAGACUCCAGGGGAAGAAAACUAUUUACCUUGGGGUUCCGUACAUUUAUGCUACUUCUACUUGCACUUGUGCCAUGGUGCUAGGCAAAUUUUUUCCCUCCCUCCUUCCCUCUCUUCUUUCCUUCCUUCCUUCCUUCCUUCCUUCCUUCCUUCCUUCCUUCUUUUAUUUCUGGUAUUCGAAUUGAACCCUGGGGUGCUUUGUCACUGAGCCACACCCCUAGCUAUUUUUAUUUUAUUUUUUUACUUUGAGACAGGGUCUUGCUGAAUUGCUCAGGGCCUGUCUAAGUUGUUGGGGUUGGUUUUGAACUUGUGAUCCUCCUGCCUCAGCCUCCUCAGUCACUGGGAUUAUUGGCCUGUGCCACUGCUCCCAGCUGAUGCUAGUCAUUUUUGUAGACAACCAACAGGCUCUCUGAACUAAUUUUCAGAAUGAGGAGGGUCAGAAAUGAAGGGGAAAAAUGAGGGAGUAGGAAAAAGGACUGUCUGCCUUCUCUACUGCAAGUCUAAUAAUGCUUAAAAUUAUCAUUAGUGUCUUCUAAAAUUCUAUAUUUCUAAUUGAUUUCCAGACCACUUUCAUAUUUAAAGUUAUUUCAGAAAGCUGAAAGUUGUAGGGUCUUUUUCUUCUCUAAUUAAUUCCAAGGUCUUUUUUCUUUUUCUGGUAGUUCCAUGACACUUUGGUUUUGCCAAGAGUUAAAGAGAGGUGUAUUAUAAGGAAUCUUCAGUCUUCAGUCACUCAUGUGAUUAUUUAGAAAUUUAAAUGUGCAAGAGCUGGUAUUGUCAGAAAAAAAUUUCCAUAUGAACACUUAAUAGGGUUGGGUAGUAAUUUCAAUUUCAAUUUGAGUGAACCAUGAAAUCAUGGCAUGGGUUCAGAGCUACUCAUGCCAUAGUGGUCUGGGAGCGUGCUGUCAAAGACCACAUUUUCACACUGUUCUGCAGAGUUCUAGGAAAUCACGAGGUCUUCUGAGUGAGGGUUCUGUGGGCAAAUGAGAUCUGUAUACAUUCUAUUCUGGGUUUGCCAGAUGGAGUCAGCCUGGUAAAGUCUAAAAAUGUAUUAUGUUCCAACUAGAGUGUAUUCUUUCUUGCCUCAGAUUCUUUUUCUUGAAUCUGAGGCAACAUGCAUUAAUUUGUGGCUUUGAAAUAAAAAUCUAGAUUUGCAGUAUCAUUGGGAAAGCUUGUCAAGUAGACAGUACUCUUUUGGUUUUGUUUAUUUUGUUUUGUUUGCACAUGCUGGGGAUGGAACCCAGGUCCUCCAGUCUGGGCUGCAUGCUUAAGUGGUCCAGGGGUCCCUUAGCUGGGGCUCUACCCUCAGGGUGCUGCUCUCUGGCCCACUCACUUUUGAUUCUUGCCUGUUUUCUGUAGGGCUUUGAGUUUAUGAUGUCUGCUCUAGUCUCCACAUUGUUCCUGGAGAUUUAUUAUCCACGCUAAAAGAUCUGGGAAUCUAGUGUACUGUUUAAUCUUGCAUUUCCAAAACUUGUUUGAACACACAAGCUCAGUAUCUAGUAGAAUUGUGUGAAACAAAUUACAUGGGAAGUGAGUGGAAGCCCAUCAGUACACAGGAUUAAGAAUAAGACUUGAUUUUUAAUCUUUUUAUCAGUGACACUAGAUGACAUUAGGAUAACUUGUUCUUUAUGCUCAGCUUUUUCACCUAUUAGGUAUAAUCUUCUCCAUACCUAACUUGGUGUUUAGUGGUAAUUCUAAUGUAAUGUUACUUGUAAGAAAUCUUUGAAGCUGGGUGUGGUUGUGCAUGCCUGUAAUCCCAGCAUCUUGGGAGGCUGAGGCAGGAGGACCUUGAGUUCAAAGCUAGCCUCAGCAAUUUAUCGAGGACUUAAGCAACUCAGUGAGACCCUGUUUCUAAUAAAAUAUUAAAAAAAAAGGGUUGGGAAUAUAGCUCAGUGGGUUAACUGCCCCUAGGUUCAAUUCCCAGUAGCAAAAACGGGGGUGGGGAGAAGUCUUUGAAAAGGCAAAAACACUAAAGAAUGCAUAAUUUUCUCCUAGUAGAUUUUGUAGUAAUAGCAGGGCUAGCAUGCAUGCUUGGUAAUUAUAAUAUAUUACAUUCAUAAAUCUCUUGUUCUAUGAUAUCUCUUUAAAAAACAAUGUUUCUUUUUGAAACAGUUAAUGUUGAAUAGUUUAAUUAUUACCUUAUACUACAGAAAAAAAUUGUCAAUAACUGGGAUGGAGGAUGGUAACAAAGAAGAAAGGGGAGAGAUUUCAUUAUUAUGACUUUUUUCUGUAAAUAUAUCAACCUUAUAGAUCAUCUUGAAUUUUGUUUUUAUCCUUCAAGAUACAAUUGAGGUUCCAUUACCUAUAAUCUGUCCUGAAGGAAGAGGAUGUGGCUAUGAUUAAGACUGUGUAUUCAAACUUAGGAACAUUUGCAUAUCUUUAAGAAAUAGCAUAAACGUUCAUUCACUGAUAGCUGUAAAGAUAGGGUGAUUCUGUGAGCGCAUGAAAGCAAUGAAAGCAGGGGACUCCUCGUGGUUGUAUGUGCAUUUGUUAAUAAAUAAGAUUUGUUUGCUCUUUUUGAAAA